UCAAAAUCUAAUUUCCAUUUUUAAUAAUAAUAAAUCCACUCUGAGAGAGGCAUAUAUAUAGCCCCAUCACACUCUCAUAUAUCUCACAAACCAAUCUAAACAUCAAAGACAAAAACCAAACCUCUUUCACUAUUACACUUUUCCUCAAAAAAAAGAAAAAUGUAUUUGUUAGUGUUUAAACUCUUUCUAUUUUUGUCUCUUCUUCAAAUCUCUGUCUCUGCUAGAAACCUAGCUUCACAAGAACCAAACCAGUUUCAACUACUCAAGUACCACAAAGGAGCUCUUCUCUCCGGCAAAAUCUCCGUUAACCUAAUCUGGUACGGCAAAUUCAAACCAUCUCAAAGAGCAAUCAUCUCCGACUUCAUUACCUCACUCACACACACUUCUCCUACGUCCAAAACUCUCCACCAACCAUCUGUUGCCACGUGGUGGAAAACCACAGAAAAAUACUACAAACUCGCAACACCCAGCAAAAACUCAUCACCUCUGUCUCUAACUCUCGGGAAACAAAUCAUCGACGAGUCUUGCUCUCUAGGAAAAUCUUUAACCGAUAAAAAGAUUCAAACCCUAGCUUCGAAAGGAGACCAACGCAACGCCAUCAACGUCGUUUUGACUUCAGCUGACGUUACGGUUACAGGAUUUGGUAUGAGUCGUUGCGGGACUCACGGACACGCUCGUGGUUUAGGUAAACGUGGCUCCAAGUUUGCUUACAUUUGGGUUGGAAACUCUGAGACACAAUGUCCUGGUCAAUGCGCGUGGCCUUUCCACGCGCCGGUGUACGGUCCACAGAGUCCACCACUAGUGGCACCAAACAAUGACGUGGGACUCGAUGGGAUGGUUAUUAACUUAGCUAGUCUUUUAGCUGGAACCGCAACGAACCCUUUUGGUAAUGGUUACUAUCAAGGUCCACAAAACGCACCGCUUGAAGCUGCUUCUGCUUGUCCUGGCGUUUAUGGUAAAGGAGCUUAUCCUGGUUACGCUGGAGAUUUGCUUGUGGAUACUACAACGGGAGGUAGUUUUAAUGCGUAUGGUGCAAACGGCAGGAAGUUUUUGCUUCCUGCUUUGUAUGAUCCUACGACGUCGGCUUGCUCUACUAUGGUCUGAAUACUAAAAAAAAGUCCAAUGUUUGGUCUUUGGUAGUAGAAAAUAAUAUUCUAGCGUAAUUCUUUUGUUAUGUUUGGUUACAAAUUCUAGUAUAAUUCAAUUUAUUCAUUAAUAUUAUUCUCAUUUUUCCCUUCAUGUUGUAUGACUGAAAUCUUGUCGCUUGGACUAUAAUUUAACGGAAUAUUAUUAAGACACUUUGGCUUAUCCGUAUACAUUGUCGAAUACAAAGCCAAUGCAACUUCUUAAAUAGAAACAAAAACAAUGUAAUU